AUGCCAAAAACAGAAGUAGGAGUGGAAAAGUACUUGGAUAUUGUACCAGAUGUCAAACUGACACUUGUCUUGUAUGGUGAUUCAGCUUAUAUGGUUUCCAAGUGCCUAUACUCACCAUUCAAAGGCAUAUCUCUUAGUGUUCUAUUAGGCAUUGUGAUAAAAUGGUAUAAGUUUAAAGUAGUAGAUAAUAGAAUGUUGCAGAUAAACUUCGCCUCUAACGACCCGGUGCUAAUUGCUGAAAACGAGGGCAAGAAGAGAUGGAACACUAAUGAAAGAAUUGACCAUACCGACAAUGUUGAGGUCAUCAACUACUUGAGAGAUUAUAUUCUCUCUCAGCCAACGGCUGCUGGUGUUUGGCCUGGACUUGUAGUUGAGAAGAUAAAAAACAACUACAAGUACAUUUACCGGACGAUGAACAUGACUCCUGCCCAAGUAACGGCCAAAAACCGUAAAACGCGCUCCAACAGUAGACGGAUAGAGGGUAACCCGGAUGAGAAGGCCUAUGAGCGUCUCAUUGAGAAAGACAUGAUGUCAGAUGGAGAAUCUGACAGUGAGGUGAUCUCUCCAGGGUACAAGCAGCGUACUCUUCGGGUUGCUCGUCCCAGCUGGAGGAGCGAUGAGCUCAACAGGCUCCUCGGCAUCAUUGAUAAGAUAAUGCAAACCAAUGAUGAGCUACAGGUGACAGCCAUGUCAAAGCCAAGGAUGAUCGGACGCCUGACAUCCAUUAAGGAUACACCUGUGCCUCGUAACCUGUCUGCAAAGAUCCCUGCAUGGGCAAUCCAAAAUCAAUAA